UUUUAUUCGAGUUGGGACUGUUGUAGAUAAAUUUCGCCGGAAAAGGAGAAAAAAAUUAUAUACAUAUAAUUUUUUUUAUAAAAUAAAAAAAAGCACACAGCAAUCAAUUUAUAAAUAGAAAAAAAAAUCACGAAAAUAUAAAGAUAUAUGAAAUAAAGUGCUUAUACUUAUAAAGAGAGAAAAAUGAAAAUUUGAAGAGAAAAAAAAUUUUAUAUAAAAAUAUUUUUAAAAAAAAAGUUAUUAAAAUAGUUUUUUUUUCUAUUGUUUUGUAAUUUCAAACGAAAUUUAUUUAAAAAUUUUAUGAAUUAAACGAAAAAAUUAGCUAUAUAUACUUAAUAUGAAAAAAAAGAGUUAAUUAAUCAAAAAAUUAUACAAAAAGAAGAAGAAGAAGAAAAAUAAAAAAUAAAUUAAAAAGUUGAAAAUUAAAUAAAAAAAAAAUUCUAUUCCAAAAUGUGGAUUUUAAUGCAAAAUAAAACAAAAUAUUAAAAAAGAAGAAAAUAAAUCGAAUUGGAAUAUAAAAUUUAUUUUUUUUUUUCUGGAAAAGUCGUCAUUAUUCAACUCUAAUUGGAGACAUUUAAGUAAUUUCCUACUUAAAAUUUUUUUAAAAUAAAUUAAGCUGCUAUACAACGAAAUUCAUUUGGAUUAUUUUAAAAUUAAAUGUUUAAAAAUUCCAAGGAGAUAAAAAUUACUUAUCUAUUUCAAUAUAGUUAUUCUUAAUUCAGCACUGCUUUUGCAAAUUAAUAGAGGCAACUGCAUAAAAACUACUCUUUUUUCAAAAAGAAAAGAAAGCACCUCAAUUAACGUCCACUUAUAAAAUAGAGGAACAAGAACAGUUAGUAAACAUUUAUUCAUAAUAUAAAACCGAAAAUAUAAUUAAAAAUCAAAAACGAUGACGGAUUUUGGUGGUCCCCGGCUGGUGUACCGAGGACGUUAAACAAGAGAAAAUAUUAGUUUUAUUUUAACAUAUAUGGAUCGUAGGAAUGGCGGCGAUUCUUUGGCGCCUCCCCGGCCCCCGAAAUCAUUACCACGUGUCCAUCGUCCAAGGGCCCCAGAGCCGCCGAUGAUGAGCGCCUCUAAUUUAGAAACAAAUUCAACAACAGUAAUUUUACAUUCAUGUAAUAUACCACAACAAAUUCAACACCAACAACAGCCGCCGCAAUUUCAACAACAGCAACAGCAGCAGCAACAACAACAACUACAGUCUCAUAAUCAGAUAUGUACAAACAAUCAUAUUCACCCGAAUAGGAACAAUAAUAAUAUUAUUAAUAGUAAUAUAAAUAAUAAUUUAAAUAGACCUAAUAGUAGCAAUUCAAAUAUUGUAAAUAGUAAUAUUAAUAGUAAUAAUAUACUUAAUAAUCUUAACAGUAACAGUAAUAGUAAUAACAAUAAUAAUAUUAAUAAUAAUUUAACAGCUCAACGAGCACCAUUAACAGCACCAUUGAUACCAUUACACAGUUCGAUUAAUAAUAAUUCAAAUAUUAGUAAUAUAAAUUUAGGUAGCACAACACCAUCAACAAAUUUAACAUCAAGUAAUAGUUUUACGCGACGUAGACCACAAACACCAGUUAUUGGUUUACAAAUAUUACCGCCACCAACAACACCAUUAUUAUCAUCAUCGAAUUUAAUAUUACAUAGUAACAUUAAUAAUAACGAAUCAUCAUCAAUAUCACCGGUCACACUGGCGGCACCGCGACCUGAAAACGAAAGACUCUCCAAUGAGUAUGUCGAUACACCAUUACGUAGUGCAACAACGGCUAAUUUGCAUCAUGCGACGCGUAUUCAACACCCUGCGGGUCAAACAGUUAGAGGACAAACUACGACGUCACAUAAUUUACUGCAUAAUCAAAGACAGCAUUUGCAGUUGCACAAUAGUAGCACCCAUACCCAUCAUCAUCAACCACAACACCAUCAAAUACAUUUUAAUUCAACAACAAGUCAUAGUAAUAAUAUUUUUAAUAAUCAUAAUAAUAAUAUUAGUAAUAGUAAUAAUGAACGUCAUCGUCAAGCGUCUAAUGUACCCAGUAGUAUUAGCACAGCCGGCGGUGGUAGUGCGGGAAGUAGUAGUGGAACACUACGACAAGUUAUUAGUAGCGGAGUAUGUGGAAUUGACGGUUCCUCAAAUACAUUACAUUCGAAUAAUAUUAGCCAUAAGAACAUUAUUAGUAGCUCAAUUAGUGGUACAACGUGUGAAGAUUCUAUUUCGACGACGAUAUCACCAACUAUUGCGUCGAUAACACAUCCACCAAUUACAACAACAGCAAAUAAUCAAAAUCAAAGAGUAAUUCCAGGUACAGUGGUACGGCAAAGCCAUCAAUCACAACAACAACAAUCUACAAAUCAUCAUUCAUCAACGACAUUACCGAUAACAGAACCAAUAACAAAACAACCAGCACCAUUUACAAAAGAUUGCCUUUCAGCAUCUAUAUUGCAUGAAGAAUUAGAUUUACAUCAUCUUGGUACUAGCAAUACAACUACUGGUAAUUUAACUAGUGGCGGCUUAGGUGGUAAUAGCGGUAAUUCAACUAAUCAUAGUGACUAUUUAAAUUCGAUAACAUGUCCGCAAUGUAAAAAAUGUCGUUGUGAACAAUGCCAAAGCCCUAGACAAUUACCUUCAAAAUGGGUAUGUAAUAAAACAUGUUUAUGUAGUGCCGAAACAGUAAUUGAUUAUGCAUCAUGUUUAUGUUGUGUAAAAGCUUUAUUUUAUCAUUGUUCUAAAGACCAUGAAAUGGAAUGUGAUGAUGGGACCGAUAGUAUAUCUUGUGCCGAUGAUCCAUGUUCCUGUUUACCCCAUAAACGUGCAACAAGAUGGGGUUGGCUAGGAGCAAUAUCAUUAGUGUUACCUUGCUUAUGGUGUUAUUGGCCAAUGAGAGGUUGUAUUGCGAUAUGUGCAAAAUGUUAUGCACGCCAUUCGAGGCAUGGUUGCCGUUGUAAUAAUUAUCAAUCACAAAUAGGAUCAACAAGCAGUAUGUUACCAAUUGCACCAGCGCAUGGAAAUCAAAUUAUUGCAUCUAAAUCAUCUGGUGUUGGUAGCGGUAAUAAUGGUAACGGUGGUAAUGGUGGAAAUGGAAGUAACGGCGGUGGUUGUAUUAGUAGUGGUAUAAAUUCAAAUAGCGGUAGUCAUCAUCAACAUCAUUUUAAUAAUAGUGGUGUUAGUCGAAUAAUUCGAACAAAUGAUCUUACACCAGAAAAAAGGUUACUCGAUUCAAGUCCUGAAUUUUAAAUUUAUUUAUUAAUAUAAAAAAAAAAAUUUUUUUUUGUACAGAAAAAAUAUAAAGAAAUUAAAUUAAAUUAAGGAUUCUAAUGAAGCAAAAUUAAGAAUGUUAAUUAUAAACAUAUUGUAAUCAAAAUGUAUACGGCUAAAAAAAAAAAUCUUUAAAAUUAUUUUGGUUUUUAUUCAUUUAUUUUAAUUUUAGUUAAUUUUAAAAAAUUUCAUUUUGUCAAUUUUAGAAAAGAAUUACGCAUUUUAUUUUUUUCACAAAACAUAACCAAUUAAAAUUAUUGUCAACAGGAAAAUAAAGUUUAAAGAAGCAUUUAAAGUAAAAAACGUGAAAGCGAAACGCUAAAAUAAAUUUUUGAAUACUUAUCUGAAAAAUUAACUAACUAUCUAGUCCAAAUUUUUUUUUCAAUUUUUUUUUUUAAUACAUUUUAAAUAAUUAAUCAAUUAAUUUUGCUCUACGUUCUAGACUUACUGACAAACAAUAUAAUAAUCAAAUUGCUUCUAAUAGUUUCAGUGAGAGUCGUAAAAAAAUAUUUCAUUAAAUAAAAUAAAAUGUCACUAAAUUCAAACUGGAAUAAAAUAAAAUGUCAAAUUUAGAUGUUGUCUUUGUUGUUAAUUUGAAAUUUUUUAAUUUUUUUUAACGUCUUCAUUAUUUUUCGAUAGCACCUACUUUAAUACUUUGGCAAUAAACUCAAUUUUUAUAGAAUUAAAAGUAAAUUAUAAAAAAAAAUAUAAUUGCAUUGUUUUCAUUAUACUGAAACCGUAUACAAUUUCAAUGUUCUAUUUAACCGUAUAAGACUUAAAAUGCAAAUUAACCUUUCUUUUGUUUUAUUUUAUUUUUUUUUAUGAAAGAUUACUAAGAAAAUACUACCAAGAAUAAAUAUUAAGAAUUUUUUUUUAAUUUAAUUGUACAUAAAUCGCUAUUAAAAUUACUAAUUUAUAUAAAAAGAAAUAAAUUACAAACAAAAAUAAAACAAACUAAAAUAUUGUAUUACAAAAACAUGAAUGU